AUGAAACAUCUGAAACCAGUCCAAGUGGCUGAAAUCAGUUCAAGUGAUGAUAGCUGGAGGAUGGAUCUGAUGAACGAAACAGCCAAGGUUGGUAGUUUGUACCCCAGACCAUAUUCAGAUCCAUUGGCUCUUCAGGCGAUUUUAGAAGGGAACGAAGUCCACCAUAACAAGGAGAAUGAGGGAAUGAAGCUUCGGAAGGCGAUCAUGGCUGGAGUCGAUUCAACGCGGAAGAGAAGAUCAGCUCAAAAAGAUCAGGACCAAAAUAAGCCAAACAAAGUUCAAAAAAUAGGUCAGAAAAGUUCCAAGCUCGAGACUCCGACUCCGGAGAAAAAACUUGGCAGCUUAUACCCGAAGCCUUAUGCUGACCCACUAGAAUUGAGGUCAUCACAAUUAUCACAAAGUGGUCGUCACCAACUUAUUCCUGCCAUUCGUACUUUCCUGCCUAUCGAUGAUCUACCUGCCUGCUCCAGUUUCCGUAACCGGAAUCCAUUAUCAACAGCUCAUGCUUGA